UGAACAUACGGACGCCGUCCUGAUGUCACUUCCUGUCCACCUGUGUGUCGUUGAGGGGUCGUCGGUCUGAUGCUGGUCAGUGAUCAUGACGGACAAGCCCCUCCUCCAGCAUGUCCACAAUGUAUGAGUGUGUGUGUGUGUGUGUGUGUGUGUGUGUGUGUGUGUGUGUGUGUGUGUGUGUGUGAACUACAUCUGCACACUUCCUUAUUCUUUACUUCCAAGGUGAGAGAGAGAGAGAGUGGGUGAGAGACACUGGUUGACAGUGAGCGAGGGCGGAAGCUGCCUGCAGGCUGGGAGUGGUUGGACGUAUAAAAGACGACUUGUCUUCCUUCUUUCUGCAGUAGACGUCUCUCUUCCUUCUCUUCCUCAUACCUCACACUCUACCUGCACAGGAUGUCUUGGCAACAAUACAUCGACAACCUGUGCUUGCCUGUAAAUGGUGAGCUUAUCGUACAAGACGCUGUGAUCUGUGGGAUUGAGUGUAAGACUGUGUGGGCCAGCACACCAAACUACAGUUCCUUCCCUGAGGAAGAUAUCAAGGUGCUGAGUGGAGACAGGUCCAAGUUCUCCAGCUGCGGGCCCAAAGUUAAUGGAGAAAAGUGCAUGUUGCUCUCAGAUAGAAUGGACGAUGAAAGUGUGUACUCCUUAAAUUUAAAGACCGCGUCAGAUGCCAAUGGCGAAAAGUACAACAUAUGCGUUGGAAAAACCCACCGAGCUCUGAUCAUUAUUAAGUCUGUCAGCGGUGAUCACGGGGGUAAACUUUCCAAAAAGAUGUUUGCUACUGUUGAUCACCUGCGAAAACAGUCGAUGUAACAAACACUGGCCGCCAACCUGCCCCGUGCCCACCAAUCCAGAUGGCUACCACCCCCCCCAUCCUGUCUUCCUGCGAAACCAACUCAAGACGACAGACGCUGUCCUGCUUCUCUACUGUUUCAUUCUCUGACCCUUUUCUGUCAUCACAGCAAAAAUAAAGUGUUUGUUCUCAGUAGUGAA